AUGCCCCGGGAAAAAGGCGACGUUGACAAAAACAAGGCCCCGGCUGUUCCUCGACCCAGUUCAAGUGUGAUUCUGGUGUCUCCACGGAAUGAGAUUCUUCUUCUUCACCGCGUCCAGACAUCUAGCUCCUUUGCAUCGGCUCAUGUGUUCCCGGGCGGAAACCUUUCGAGCCAGGAUGGGCCACUCCCACCAGCUGAAGAGCAUGCCGUGCAUGAGGACUCUCCUGCUUACCGACGUGGAGCUAUUCGGGAGCUUUUUGAGGAGAGUGGCAUUUUGCUUGCUAAAGAUCGAGACUCCGGAAAGAUGCUGGUCGUCAAUGAAGAGACCCGGGAGCAAGGCAGACGACUCAUUCACCAGAACAAAGUGACGUUCACAGACUGGUUGAAGAAGCAGCAUGCUAAUGCCGAGCCAGAUAUUGAUCAAUUGAUUCCAUUCACGCAUUGGAUUACCCCGACCAAUGUUCCGAAGCGGUAUACGACACAAAUGUAUCUCUACUUCAUGCCAUUACCAAUCAACCUGGAUAAGAAGUUGCUCGAGGAGCUUCCUGCUGAGGGCGAACGUGAAGAGAUUCAAGUCCCGAGUAGCGAUGGUGGUAUCGAGGUCACCGAGGCGCAAUUUCUCCCAGCUUCAGAGUGGCUUCGUCGCGCAAAGAGCGCGGAGAUCAUUCUCUUCCCGCCGCAAUUCCUACUCCUGCAUUUGACAUCUGGCUUCCUGGAUCAGGAACCCCGAUCGGGCGCGUCCGUGGAAGAGUUGGAGAAACGUCGAGCGGCACUGGUCGAGUUCGUACACUCCGGCUCACCUGCUUGGACUGAAAAGUACAUUUCGCCCAAGAUGCUCAAGAUGAGCGAGGACGGUCGGGCAGUCCUGGCUCUGGAUGAACCUGGGCCCGAGUUGAAGGGGUCUGGAAAACGAGGCGAGUCGGAUCGGGUUGUCCUUGUGAGGUUUAAAAAGGGUAGUGCGAGAGAGGUGAAUGUUGCCUGGAAGAAGGAUGCCCUCAAGGAGGGUAGAGAAGGUCACAGUAAUCUUUAG